AUGUCCGUAGCAGACGUCUUUGCGGACGUGCAGCGAUCCCUGGUCGGCCACAAAACACUGGCAAAGCGUCUGCGUCGGCUCGAAAACACGCCCAACUUUGAAGCGCACAUCAAGCAAUGCAUCUUCCGUCUGUUGGACGUCAGCAAGUCCGAAAUUGCCGGCAAUCGAGUCAUCAAGUUCCUCACCGUUUAUUUCGAGUCUGCCGACGGGUCGGAUCGCACCACGUCCUCUAUCAUGUUGGCCCUCCUUCCCUACCUCUGCGCCAAAGACAAGACGGUGCGGUAUAGAGCGACGCAAAUCAUCUCCCAGAUCCUCGGAGUGUUGGGCACAAUUGACGACGAUUUGUACAAAGUCAUCAGGCACGAGUUGAUCAAGCGACUGCGAGAUAAAGUCCCUGCGAUCCGGUUGGAGGCCGUCAUGGCGCUCGGGCGGCUGGUGGAAAACGAGAUGGACAACGAAGAGGAGGAGCAGGGCUCGGACGAAGACUUCGCUCCCGGCUUGCUGGACAAGCUCCUGGACGUGCUGCAAAACGACACCAACGCGGACGUGCGAAGGGCGCUUCUGAAACUGCCCGUCACCGCGAAGACCUUGCCCUAUCUCCUGGAGCGUGCCAGAGACCGAGACGGACCUACUCGGAGGACACUGUAUUCCCAUGUGCUGACGUCGCUGGGUGACUUUCGCCAUCUAUCAUUGUCCAUGCGAGAAAAGCUGUUGAGGUGGGGUCUGAGAGAUCGUGACGAGAAGGUCCGCAGGGCGGCGGCGAAGCUGUUCAGAGAGCACUGGAUUGAGGACUGUGCGGGAUCGAGAGUCGAAGCCAUGGUCGAUGAGGACGAGGCCGACAGUUCAUCCAAAGGCGAGAAGAAUGGCUUCUACAAACCCAGCAUUCCCGCCCUGGUGGAGCUGCUAGAACGUAUCGACACCCUGAACACUGGCCAUGAGACUGGCAUUGCCCGCGAGGCGAUGAAGGAGUUCUGGGCCGGGCGACGUGACUAUCGCGGAGCCGUCACCUUCGACGACGAGUUUUGGGACACGCUGACCCCCGAGUCCGCCUUCAUGGCCCGCACCUUCAACGACUAUUGUCUGCAAGAUCCCGAAUGUUCGUCCAUGCUUGAGGACAAGAUGCCCGAAGUGACCCGGCUGGGGUUUCACCUGCAAAGACACAUCAACGAGCUCCUGGUCAAGGUCCAAAGCGCCAACGAAUCCGACACGGACGACCGAGUCGCCGAGCAGGCGGAGCAAGAAUUCAUCGUCGAACAACUCCUCUACAUUGCCCAGACUCUGGACUACACUGACGAAGUCGGGCGCAGGAAAAUGUUCUCUCUUCUCCGCCACGCGCUGUCCAUGGCCGAUCUGCCGGAAGAAUGCACCCGGCUUGCGGUGGAAGCCUUGCGGCUGGUCUGCAAUCCUGAUGCGGCCGGCGAGAGGGAAUUUGCCUCGGUCGUGCUCGAAGCCAUUGCGGAAGUGCACGAUAACAUCGCGGCUUCCGACAUGGAGGAGGACGCCGAGGAUCAUGAGGAGGACAGUUUUGUGUCAGCACGCAGCGAGGUCAGCGACCAUUCGUCUGACUCGACACCGAAACACGCUGCAGGUGGCGGCCAAAGCAGGCGGAACAAGCAGCUGUCCGAAGAAGAGCAGGAAGCUCAGGCGAUCAAGGAGAUUGUCAUCAACAUGAAAUGCCUGCACAUCGCUCAGUGCAUGCUGCAGAACGUGACGGGGAAUCUACAAUCCAACGUCCACCUACGCAGCAUGUUCGACAACCUGGUCAUUCCCGCGGUGCGCUCGCACGAGGUCUUGAUCCGUGAACGCGGCGUGCAGUGUCUCGGACUCUGCUGUCUUCUCGAGCCUAAGCUCGCGGACGAAAACAUGCGGCUCUUCACGCUCUUGCUCAAGAAGGGCCAUGAGACGCUGCAAGUCGUGGCGCUGCAGAUCCUGUGUGACAUCUUGCUUGCACGAGGCCCGUCAGGUUCGAGUCCUUCGAGUCAACCCCAACCGGCACCGGGCGAGUCUGCUUCCUCCGGCGCCGGUGCGGAAACUGACACGAACAAUGCCACCACGGCCACGACUGGCAACAACGGCAGCAAUAUGACAUCUCUCCUGUCGCCGUUCAUCAAGGCCCUGGCACACAGCUUUCCUGACGAAGUGCGCGCCACGGCGACCACCAGUCUGUGCAAACUCAUGCUCUGUGGCUUCUACAAGGACAACGAGGAGCUGUUUGAUCAAAUUGUCGAACGGGCCAUCCAGGUCGCGGCGAAAGGGUGGGAGCUGUUGGAGAAGGUCAAGAACGCGGUCAUGGUCGAUCGACCGAAAGACAAAUUGGGUGAGAGAGAAAAGGAGAGGGAUGGCGGAGCAAUACCUGUGACCACCACCACGUCCACCAUGAGAAUCAGUACGGGGAGCGCCGGAGAGGGGAGGGUCAGUGGUGAGGGCGUUGAUGCUUGA